CACACUAUGUGUUUCGAUCUACAAUUCACUUUGCACUUAAUAAUAUUAUAUUUUGUAUUAGGCCAUGUUUGUGCGGCAGAAACGUCCGAGCGCAUUGUGGGUGGCAGCGCGGUGACACAAAAGAAAUAUCGCUACUAUGUGCGCUUGCAUAAUCAAGGCCAGUUCAUGUGCGGUGGCUCGUUGGUGCGGAACAAUGCUGUGCUUACAGCAGCGCACUGCGUCAAGGGCACCAACGUGAAGGCGUUACGGAUACACGCCGACACUAUACGCCUUUCUGAUGCAGGAGUUGUGAGAAGUGUUAAAAAUGCACUGGUAUCAAAGUCAUACAAUGGGGGUAUACUAAAUUACGAUGUUGCAGUGCUAAUCCUCUCUUCGGCUAUACCGAGUUCAAGUUUCACAGCCAUUCCAUUAAAUAAAAAGGCGGUGGCUAGUGGUACUAGUUGUUUGGUUAUUGGACAUGGAUAUACAACAGAAGACGGAGAGGUUGCGCAGGUUUUGCAAGAGGUCUGGGUACCAGUGAUAAACCGGGCAACUUGUCAACACAAGUAUCGAGGUGUUGGUACCAUUACUGGGUAUAUGAUGUGUGCUUCGGUGCCGGGGAAAAAAGAUUCGUGCGGUGGUGAUUCGGGUGGACCAAUGAUAUGCAAUGGACAGCAAGCUGGAAUAGUGUCGUGGGGUAAGGGCUGUGCGCAAGUUAAGUACCCAGGAGUUUACACAGACGUAAGCAAGGUUUACGAUUUUAUCGAAAAGGUCCUUGCGCAGUAUCCGUGAGCAUUAAUUUUGUUGAGAUGCGGAAGUGCAAUUAAAUGCUUGUUUUAUUACAAUUAGUUUAGUUUGCGUGAUAUAGAACUAGGAAAUGUAUGUACAUAUUAUAUUUGUGUAAAAAGUUUAAAAAUAUGAAGUGUGUAAAUGUAAUUAUACUUGGGUGAGAUAAAAAUGCAUGGCAGUUAUCUAUUCACUCGUUUCGCCAGUGAAGUAGUAGUAACAAGCUGUGUAUUGGCGAGAUAACAAUAUGUGUAAAAUAUUUAUAUAAUAAAUUAUAAUUUAUUAAAAUAAAAAUAUUAAUAAAUAAAUAAUAAUUAAGUAAAUUUUAAACAGUCAAUCUGUUAAGAAUUAUGUUUUACACCCAAGGCGCAUUGGACAGGUAGUAUCAAUAUAGCAAAAACAAUGUAUUUUGUUUUUGUUUUUGAUCCCUAGCAAUAAAUAUUGAUAGUUUAGAGUAAAUUAAACAAAAUUUGACAAUUUAGAGAUGAAAUCAAGAGAAAAAAACAAAGCAGCUGCUAUACUGCUACUACUUAUUCCAUGUGACUUACUCAAACCUAAAUAAAUUUUAUGAAUGCGAAAAUACAU